AUGCUUACUAAAGAAGUUGCCCUCAAGAAGGUCUGGAGGGUUCAAGUGGUCCUGAUGUGCCUUGAGAUGAAUCGGGAGGGCCUUUUACUCCUGCGGCUCAGAGAGACAGGGAAAGACCGUGCCAGAAGUGCUGUCUAUUCGCCCGUUGAUGGCAAAACUGUCUGGCGGCAAGACCACAGGCACAAUGACCCAAGAUAUGGUGUUCCAGGCGAGCUCACUCCGCUCUUAAUAGGGAGGUCUGUCCUGCAUUGCGCGAGACGGGGCUCAAACCGUGACACUUUUGAUCUGGUUGGCAUCGACUUUCGAGCCAGCAACCCCACUGUUAUUUACGAGUCAUCCGUCGUCGGGGCAAGAAAUUGGGCCCAUAACAAAACCUGCAGACGGCUUGUACUCAUUGGUGAACAGCAUGAGCUUGUGGUGCUAAGUGGUAAUGAGAAGUGGGUGGGAACGGGGACGAUUUCGAUUCUUAAUGGUGAAAAUGGCCAGCUUCUCUUCCAGUUCGACGGUGGACCGGCGCAUUUCCAUGGCCACAAAAUAGUGGCGCAGCCGACUAUCAACCAGUUUUCCAUACCAACAGUGCCAGCACGUGUCCGGCUGGGCGAUGCUGUACAGCCCUGGGAAGCCUAUGCAAAAACAGUGCGGGACUUCAUUAUCAUGGAGACGUUUUCAUUCGCUUUUCCUGGGUCUGACAGCAGCACCAUCAAUAUACUCAGAUUGGGCACAGAUGUGAUUCUCAGCCCAUGCAGUACUCACAAGAUUGCCAUCCAGCCCUUUGCAAAAGUAGCUGUCGCGCUGCAAUCCGACGAUAAUACCAUUCUGAGCGACCGGAUCCUGAGCUACCCACUUGUCGAAACAAACGAAACCCAUCUCAUUCAGAUGGCGGAGGCGGUGCUGAAAGCAUCAUGUCCUCCGCAUUCAGCACCUCCGAAGUUGCGUCACUGUUUCAUUCUCCAGGAAGCGGGGACCAAAAUCAGUCUCGGACCAUCAUUAAGCCAAGCGCGACCGCUGGCCUCUGCGCCAGAUAUUCGUAUGCGUUCCCUCGAAGGUUUUGUUGAUGGUGGACGCCUUUUGUUGGAAGCUUCUGAGGCCCAGAUUUUGCUGAAAUUCUAG